AUGGCUGCCCCCGCCCAGAAGUUCAAGGUCGCCGACAUCUCCCUGGCUGCCUUUGGCCGCCGCGAGAUUGAGCUCGCCGAGAUUGAGAUGCCCGGUCUCAUGUCCAUCCGCCGCAGAUAUGGUCCCGACCAGCCCCUCAAGGGUGCCCGUAUCGCCGGUUGCCUGCACAUGACCAUCCAGACUGCCGUCCUCAUCGAGACCCUCGUUGCCCUCGGUGCCGAGGUCACCUGGACCAGCUGCAACAUCUUCUCCACCCAGGACCACGCCGCUGCCGCCAUUGCCGCUGCCGGUGUCCCUGUCUUCGCCUGGAAGGGUGAGACCGAGGAGGAGUACAACUGGUGCUUGGACCAGCAGCUCUCCGCCUUCAAGGAUGGCAAGAAGCUCAACCUCAUCCUCGACGACGGUGGUGACCUGACCUCCCUCGUCCACGAGAAGUACCCCGAGCAGCUCAAGGACUGCUACGGUCUGUCCGAGGAGACCACCACCGGUGUCCACCACCUCUACCGCAUGCUCAAGGAGGGCAAGCUCCUUGUCCCCGCCAUCAACGUCAACGACUCCGUCACCAAGUCCAAGUUCGACAACCUGUACGGUUGCCGUGAGUCCCUCAUCGAUGGUAUCAAGCGCGCCACCGAUGUCAUGAUCGCUGGUAAGGUUGCCGUUGUCGCCGGUUACGGUGAUGUCGGCAAGGGCUGUGCCGAUGCUCUCCGCAGCAUGGGUGCCCGCGUCCUGGUCACCGAGAUCGACCCCAUCAACGCCCUCCAGGCUGCUGUCCAGGGCUACCAGGUCACCACCAUGGAGGAGGCUGCUCCCCAGGGUCAGAUCUUCGUCACCACCACUGGUUGCCGUGACAUCCUCCUCGGCCGUCACUUCGAGGUGAUGCGCAACGACGCCAUCGUUUGCAACAUCGGUCACUUCGACAUUGAGAUCGACGUUGCCUGGCUCAAGGCCAACGCCAAGUCGGUCCAGAACAUCAAGCCCCAGGUUGACCGCUACACCAUGGCCAACGGCCGCCACAUCAUCCUGUUGGCCGAGGGUCGUCUCGUCAACCUUGGCUGUGCCACCGGCCACUCUUCCUUCGUCAUGUCCUGCUCUUUUUCCAACCAGGUCCUUGCCCAGAUUGCUCUGUUCAAGGCCGAGGACGCCGAGUUCGGCAAGAAGUACGUCGAGUUCGGUACCACCGGCAAGAAGCCCGUCGGUGUCUACGUUCUCCCCAAGGCUCUCGACGAGCAGGUCGCUCUCCAGCACUUGGAGCACGUCAACGCCAAGCUGUCUCAGCUCACCCCCGUCCAGGCUGAGUACCUUGGCCUGGAGGUCACCGGACCUUUCAAGGCUGACCACUACCGCUACUAG